UUGCCGAGUGAGCGAAUGAGUGAUUAAUGUGAAAAUUACCUCGCUUACUCGUUUUAUUCCUUCGAAAAAAAUGAAAAAGUUGAUAGUCAAUGUGAACUGAGUUGAAAAAUUUCAAGUGGUUCGUGCGGAUUACCUGGACUCGGAGUGAUACUGCCAGGAAGUGAUACAGGUGUUUUUCUCAUGGAUUUUCAUGCAUUCCACCGAGAAAAAUAUGAUCGGAGCGAGUACACUUGGAGUCAGCGGCCUUGCACGUCGUAAAGAUGAUCCGAAAAACAGUCGCAUUAUUAACUCGUGAAUGAUUCCAAGGUCUACAUGCUCCUAAAGUAUAGAUAAUAAAGAGAAUAAAACUGAAGAUGCCGCACGUGACAAGAAAGUGGGAAUUAUUUCCCGGAAGAAAUAGAUUCUGCUGUGACGGAAGAAUCAUGAUGGCACCACAAACUGGUGUAUUCUACAUAACUGUAUGCCUGAUUGCUGGAACGAGUGCAUUAUUUUUUGCAUUUGACUGUCCAUAUCUCUCGAUACACAUAACACCAGCUAUACCAGUCAUUGGUGGUUUGCUUUUUAUAUUUGUAAUGUCAGCAUUGCUCAGAACGAGUUUCAGUGAUCCUGGAGUUAUUCCCAGGGCUACGCCUGAUGAGGCUGCCUACAUAGAGAAACAAAUAGAAGUGCCAAACAACGGCAAUUCACCUACUUAUAGACCGCCACCGAGAACAAAAGAGAUCCUUGUCAAAGGACAAUUAGUGAAAUUGAAGUAUUGCUUUACAUGUAAGAUAUUUAGGCCACCGCGAGCGUCACAUUGCAGCCUCUGCGACAAUUGUGUUGAGGGAUUCGACCAUCACUGCCCGUGGGUAGGCAACUGCGUGGGUCGGAGAAACUACAGGUAUUUUUAUGCAUUUAUCGUAUCCCUGGCAUUUCUCUGCGUCUUCAUCUUUGCCUGUGCAAUUACCCACCUCAUUAUGCUUACUAGGGAUGAGACUCCAUUCUUGGAGGCUGUGAAGUUGUCUCCAGGGAGUGUAAUCGUCGGGGUAGUCUGUUUCUUCUCAGUCUGGAGUAUUCUAGGUCUAGCUGGGUUCCACACGUACCUCACAACGAGCAAUCAAACGACCAAUGAAGACAUAAAGGGGUCGUUUUCGAGCAAACGAGAACAGGAGAGUUUUAAUCCUUACAGUCAAGGAAACAUAUGUGAAAACUGCUUCUAUGUUCUCUGCGGGCCCGCUCCACCCAGUCUCAUCGAUCGAAGAGGCGUAGUAACACCUGGUUACAGAGCGGAACAUGAAAGAGUCGGUGAAGACUACGUAAUUGCUAAUAAUAAAGCCUAUGGGACUGUGAAAAUAAUUCAACCACAGGUAAAUGGAAACAGCAUUCCACCGAUGGACACCGAGCUGAGUGGUUCAAUGAAUAAUCUCGUAUCCGGACGUCGUUCUCCGCGAAUAGAAUCCCUGAACGGCAGUACGACAAAUAGCGUGAGCCACCUCGUAACCAACGAAGUUCCACUGGCCUCAUUCAAAAUACCCCCAAUUGACAUUGAUGAGAUAGCCCCAUUGCCUUCAAGGCAAUCUGGGAUCAUGUCCUCAGCGAGCGCCAACACUGUAUCACCAAUGACAGCAGUAACACCACUGUCUGCCUCUCGACUGAGGCUACUUCAAGACACAACUAUGAUUGAAUCUGCCCUGGAUCUAGAUUCACUCGAGGACUCUAGUGUCGGUCGCGGUAGUCAAAUGGGCCUCAUAAAAAUGGGAGUUGUUUAGAACAAAUGAAUAUUGAUUAAGGAGAGACAUUUUUUCUAGAUAGAGCGAAAUUUUUUGAGUUCAUGGAUGGUAAUUCAAUAAUAGGAGCAGAUCCACGUCAAAUUAGCAGGACAAGAAAGUUGGUGCUGGGGAUUUUCGUCUCAAGUUUUUUCUGAAAAGAUGGGGAUUAGAUAAAAAUUUUGAAAAAUGAACCAUUGAAAAAUAUGGAUAAUUGAGGGAGUUAUGAUUUUUUUUUAUUGCUAGUUUAGGUACAAAAAAAAUUGUUUUCCAAAUUGGCCCCAAUUUCUCGGUGGGGUUUCAAGCUAUCAAAUCGCCCUUUCGCAAACUCAGAGAACGUGAAAAACACUUCAUAAUGAGAGGUCAUACAUAACAUUAUCUUCAGUUUGACGGGGUUUAUACGAAAGAAGGUUUUUUUAUCGUUAAUUACUCAAAGU